AUGAGUAGCCCUAGAAAUUUGGAAACUUCUGCUCCAGGUUAUAAUCCGUACAAAGGAAACUCUAGUGGUGGUGAUAAUAGAGUUCUUUCCGAUUAUGAUGAGAAUAGAGAAAGUUUUUCAACAGAGAUUACUAGUGCUCCUGAUAAUAUAUUAUAUCCUGAAGAAGUCGCUCUUCAUAGAUAUACUUCACAAAGGAAAACUGAUGUUGGUCAGGUUGUACGUGGUGACUCUCUUAGGAAACUUGCAAGAGGUGAUUCCGUUAAGCAAUUACCAAAACUUGAUAGGUUUGAUCCUACUAGUGGUUUUAAUUCAAGUAUAACUGCUAAAAAACCUGUUACUUUUACUGAAAAAUUUCAAUCAUGGAUGAUUAACGAAGGUGGUAGAAAUAUAUUUUUUUUCGUAUGGAUAUUCCUUCAUGCUCUUGUAUUUGUUAUGGCCUUCCUCAAUUAUUUUUUUAGUGAUGAUCUUGUCACUGCUAGACAAGUUUUUGGAAUUACUUUUACAUUGGCUCGUUCUGCUGCUUUAGUUUUACAUGUUGAUGCUGCUAUGAUUUUAUUCCCUGUUUGUCGAAAUUUAAUUUCUGUACUUCGUUCUACUCCUUUGGGUGGUAUUAUUCCUUUUGAUGAAAAUUUGGAAUUUCAUAAAGCUAUUGGUUGGUCAAUAGUAUUUUUCACUAUUGUUCAUACUGUUGCUCAUUGGAUUAACUUUUAUGAACUUGCUCGUGCUCAAAAUGGUGGAAUUGUUAUGUGGCUUGAACUUAAUUUCCUUACUGGUCCUGGUGCUACUGGUUAUGUUAUGUUAAUCUCUUUAUUUUUAAUGGUUUUUACCGCUACUGAAAAAGCUAGACGUCGUCAUUUUAAUAGAUUUUGGUAUUUUCACCAUCUUUUCAUUCCUUUCUUCGGUGCUUGGUCUUUUCAUGGUGCUUUCUGCAUGAUUAAACCUGAUCGUCCUCCUUAUUGCAAUGAUAUUGCUGUAUUUUGGAGAUAUUGGAUCGCUUCUGGUGUUGUUUAUAUUAGUGAACGUAUUUUAAGAGAAAUACGUGCUCAACAAAAAACUUAUAUUUCAAAAGUUGUUAUGCAUCCUUCUAAAGUUGUGGAAAUUCAAAUUAAAAAAAAUGUCGCAACAAAAGCUGGUCAAUAUAUAUUUUUAUGUUGUCCUGAAGUAUCUUAUUGGGAAUGGCAUCCAUUUACUUUAACUUCUGCUCCUGAAGAAGAUUAUAUUUCAAUUCAUAUUCGUGUAGUUGGUGAUUUUACUGAAGCAUUGGCUAAAAAACUUGGUUGUAAUUUUGAAGAAGAAGCUGCUUUACGUAAAAAAAAUAGAGAUCGUAUAAAAAGUCAAUAUGAUGGUAUUGAUAUUUCUUCUGAUAAUCCUAAAUUAUUAAAAGUUCUACCGAGAGUUAUGAUCGAUGGUCCUUUUGGUAGUGCUUCUGAGGAUGUUUUCAAAUUUGAAGUUGCUAUGCUUGUUGGUGCUGGUAUUGGUGUCACUCCAUUUGCUAGUGUUCUUAAGACACUUGAAGAACAAGAUAUUGAACAAUUUAUUGAAAUUCAUACAUAUCUAACUGGCAGAUUGCGUCAUUCAGAAGUAGGAAAUAUUCUCGUAAAUGAUGAUGGUAAUAUAAAAGAUACUAUUACAGGUCUUAGAGCUCCAACUCAUUUUGGACGUCCAAAUUGGGAUAAAAUUUACUCAAAUAUGAGAGAUCAAUAUCCAGCUACUGAUGUAGGUGUAUUCUUUUGUGGUCCAGUACCACUUGGAAAAACACUUCAUGAAAAAAGUAAUUUAUGGAGUCAAGGAUUUGAAGACGGAACAAGGUUUUUCUAUGGAAAAGACUGA